AGCACUAGACACCGCAGGAGCAGGUGUAGUGAAGGAAGAGGUUCUUGUGCUAGUAAGUGAAAAAAAGAUAUAAUAUUUUCCAAGUACGCCGCGCCCGCGGACUCUGACGAGAUUGUGGUCUUCCGUCUUCGAACAAGUCACCAGUGUCGAAGUUUCAGGAACAUCAAAUAGCUGCGUGGUGUUGAGAGGCAUAUCAAAAUGUCAGCUUCACCUUGCUCGGAGGUUUUACCACCAUCGUUUCAAGGCGCCUUGCCGGUGUGCAAGAUCUUAGAGACAAAAACUACAACAACAUCGAGUUCCUCGUCCACGCCUGCUUCUCCUCCUGCUCAACUGCUGGACCGACGACGAAGCAGAACUGCAAGGGGUACUACAUCCAGGCAGAAGAUGAAGAUGUCUUUUUACCAAUGUGCUACUGCUUCAUCAAAAUCCACUCUCCGUAGAGUAACACCAGCCGUUACCGUAAGUAGGAGCGGAAAGUACAAGAUGAUGCCCCGCACGAGGACCAGCACGAAAUCAGCACUUUUUGCCGCGUUCGCGGCGAGCACUGGUGGCUUUGCUCCGGGACUACAACACCAGCUGCUGCAGCAGGCGUUUGCUUACCCGAGGUUUCGCGGGAAAACCAAUCGACACAGCAGGUACUAAUGGAAAUGGAUGCUCUUGCAGCGGAGCACGGGACAGACGACGAUGUUCAUCGUUGUGUUUUUGUUUGUUGUUUGUAAGACUAGCUGUAGCGGAACUACCUUUGGCCGCGACUAGUCAAGUUUGUUAUGCACGUCCAAAAAAUGUUUUUGUCUUUGUUUUGUUUCUCGCGAUGUUGAAGCGGACGCCGCCACAAUCAACGAACCACAGAACCUCCCUCGAGUCCUCCGGUUCUUCGAACGCCAAUGGCGGUGGCCAGCACUUCGAAGAACUCGCUGCGGAGCGGCAGGCCUUUGAAACAACGAACGGCGCAGGCGGCACCACUGAAGGCGCAUCCUCGGCCCGCAGCUUGAGUUCUUCGGGCAGCGGGCUGCAGCACGAAAGUGACAUCAAAGCAGCCUCCUCUUCCUCAGCGCUAUUUCUCUCCGCAAAUGGACCACCGGGAAGUGGUACUACAAGCGCUUCUUUUAAUACGGGAGCAGGAGCUGGGGGACGAAACAACGACGGCACAUUUUCGGCAGGGGACGAGCAGGUGGAGGGAAACCGGGUGGGCGAGCGAAACGCGUUUUCCGCGUUUUUGCAGACCGGCUUUGACGAGGACACCGAAAACAACAAUUCUUCGCUGGCCUCGACCUUGAUCCAGCUUGCGGAAAAGAUCCAAAUCGGCUUCGGGUUUGACAACAAAGACGCUAGUGCAGAAAGCGCGAAAGAACAACCUUCGAGGACAAGAACUUCAUCUCGCUCUAUUGCGCCAAGACCGGUCGUGGAGACGACUUCUUCUACGGACGAGACCGGAACCGCGUUUCUGCAACAAAAAGAGCGGGUUACCGCUGCGGUCGCCGCCGGGCCUCCGCCCACCGCGGUUCGUCUGCCACCUGCGCCCGUCGGCAAGAUGACCCCCACGCCCCCGAAACCGGAAACCACGACGCCGGUUCCGAAGGCGCAGGCAGUCGCGAACGCGGGGGUGGUGAUGCCGAAGCCGGUGGUGAACACGGCGCCGCCACUGAAACAGCAGCUGCCGGCCCGGGCGGGAUAUCCCGUGCAAAAGUAUCGCGCUCGUAUAGCAAUCAUGCAUUACUCAAGGUAAAUCCGCAUCACAAAUUUCAUUUCUUAUGCUGAGAAAAUUUGUAAUGCAUUUAUACGAGUGCCACGAUAUUUUCGCAAUUCAUACGGGAAGCGGUCCCGGCCCGGUGCCGCUCGGGGAGCAGCAGCAGGUGGAGGCGGACACGGUGAACACGGACCGUAUGGAAGCGUCAGAACCUAAAUCGACAAAAUCGAAAAACUUGUGUUGCGUAAAAUGUAGGGAACGUAGGGCCUGUAUUGGGGAGCAGGCAAAUGAGACCGAUCGCAAGCCUGUUUAGGGCAAUGCAAUGCGCUGCCAGAGUAACACGACAGGAGCAGUCUUCUUUGCCCAAACAGCAUGACAGACUGGAUCUGGGUGCUCUCGAAAUUUGUCAUGCGGCGCUUGGAGACUGAGGCUCUAACUGGAUUCGAUUUUGUGCAUCGCAAAUUUUUCGAUUUUGCCAUAUUUCGUUUCUGACACUUCCAUAGACCGCGUCAAGGUCAAAAACGGCGUCGGCUGGGCCAUGCUGGCCUCGGGACAGAAGUGUCUCACCAAGAAAUUCUGGGACUCCGAUGGCUUCAGUCUGUAUCGAUGUUGGUUUUUUGAUGUAGUUGAAGAGUACUUCAUUGUUCGUUGCUACUGGAAGAUAGAUGCCAGAACCAGAUUUUCUCGAUUAUGCUAUGGUCGUGUAGUUCUACUACCAGGAGCAAAUAAAUUCCGGGAAAAAAAAACAAGAAAAGCGUAUAUAUAAGCAGUCACACAUCUUCACCAAAUAAAACAGCAUCGUUGCGGCCGACGACCCGAGUGUCUCCGAGUUUGCCGAUGGGGUUCUUAACCUCUCCGCAGACCAGGAAAACAAGCCGGAAAAGUGCACUUUGAAACAGCUGAAUGAGGUAUCCACAGUGAAAAAAAUCCUGCGCUGGAGGAGACGUACACCAGGUACCAAAGAUCAAAAUGGAACAGUCUCUGCAUGACAACGACGAGACUAUUCUCGUCUCUGCGAUGCAUUAUUUUGUACUUACGUGUCCUCUCUGCCGUGCAGAAGUGAUGUUGCAUUGCAUACGAAGCAAAGGAAGUGUACGAAGUGGAGAAGAAAAAGCAAGAACAGAUGAAGCCAAUCCAAGCCGGAGAGGAGUUGGCGAACGGCGACGCGGGAACCAGUACCACCAUAGCCGGAGGAGACGAAACCGCGAGCAAAUUCACCCUGGACACCGGCGCCGCGACCAUCGGACUGUUCGUGUUUCUCGUGGUCCUCGCACUGAUGGGCGUCUAUGCGGUUUUUGCCGGUUACUGCAGCCGCGGCUCGAAUGGAAGUACUAGUUCUACUUCGGGACGAUCCACGGGUGGGAGCAGAAACAGUGCAUCGGCGGCGGCUCGCACGUCUGCGAGCUCCAGCUCGGUGAACCACGGAAGCAGUGCCAUCACGGUGCAGCAACAGCAGGGCGCGGUGAUGUCAGAUGAAGAGGCGCCCAGCUCGGACCACGAAGGAGCCGCGGUCGACGAAAGUCAAGGCGGGUUUGGGAUCGAUCCAUAAAGCGAGCACGAGGAAGAUGUUGUUGGAACGAAGCAGUACCUUAUCACUAUCUCGCAGCACAGUUGUACCGAUUUUACUUGUAUUGAAGUUGUAGUAGAGGCUCUAUCUCGCUGACGCACGUACACUACUUACUUUUGUGAAAUUGAUUUCUGUACAAAAAAAAAAGAAAAUCCCAGAUUAAGAAUGUUGCAGUGCAAACGAGAGUUUUCUAGCUAUUAUCCUCGCUGUCGCAUUCGAUGCAAAAGCAAAUUAAUUUGUUGUAGAUUCUUGACUCUCUCUCUUACUCAGAAUGUUGGAGUCUAUGAUUGUAGCAAGCCAGCCAUGGGCUUUUGAGAAAUUAAACAUUGUAAAUUAAUAUGAUUCUUAUUGCGCGACCAUCUAUAAUAAUGUGCAAUGCUGUAAUCACUAUCCAUUCCGAAAAAAAGUUUCCUGUAUGAUGUCGCUUGAAUCGAGAUGUAGGCAGAUAAUUUCGGACAUGUUAGCCAAGAGCAGCUCGUUGCUAUCCCUGUAAGCGGAAAUAAUGACACGUUAGCACCACUCUACUUUUUGUUGUUUCUCCUUCUCGUCUGAGGGAUGAUAAAGGUUAAGGUAAUAAUGAAACUAGAAAGCAA